CCUAGCUGCAGUGCGUGUUAGUCGUCAGGUCUGCUGUUGUGCCGGUAAUAAAGUGAAAUUAAAGGUGCUUUACCAUCUUGUUGCUGCAAAAAUUGGUUCAAUUUUACAGCUGAAGUCAACAGCUGCCUGCAUCGUUACAAGUCGGUGGAUGUUUGAAAAGUUUCUCCAUUUGUAUUUUAGCCAUUAGUGUCUGGUUGAUAUUCGAGUGGUGAACAUCUCUUCGGUUGGAAUUUGCAUUCUUUAAACAAAGUUGUUUAGCAUGGAUAACGAUAACGAUCAGAAUAAUCGCGAUCGCUCUCGACGCAGCGACCGUGGACGUAACAAUUCUCGGUUCAGUAACGAUCGCGACCGUAGCCGUGAUCGCGAUCGGGAGCGCAGUGACUGUCGGCGGAUUUACGUUUCCAACGUACCGUACGAGUAUCGCUGGCAGGAUCUGAAGGAUUUGUUUCGCAAAGAGGUUGGCGACGUUUCGUUCGUUGAACUUUUCCACGAUGAAUCGAACAAACCGAGGGGCUGCGGUAUUGUAGAGUUCGAAAAGGCCGAACAUGUCCAGUCGGCGCUGGAUAAAAUGAAUCGCUUCGACAUCAAUGGCCGGCAGCUGGUCAUCAAAGAGGACUACGGCAACGAGCGGGAUAAGUACGGUCGGGUUGUGCCAAAGUCUUUCCGCAGCAGUGACCGUGAUGGUGGCGAUAAUCGACGACGAGAUCGGGACGACGACAGAAUCUCGGGACGUGAUGAUGGCGGUGGCUUCAAUCCGGACUUCAAUACCUACGGUCUCAGCAUCAAGUUUUUGGAAGGUCUUGGUAUUCAGGGGCCCCUGCAUACCCGUAUCUUCAUUGCGAAUCUUGAUUACAAGGUCGAUGCUAAAAAGUUGAAGCAGGUUUUCAAACUAGCUGGCAAGGUACAGAGUGUGGACCUGUCAGUCGAUAAGGAUGGCAACAGUCGUGGUUUCGCAGUCGUUGAGUACGACCAUCCGGUUGAAGCGGUUCAAGCAAUCUCGAUGUUUGAUCGGCAGAUGUUGUUUGAUCGUCGUAUGACUGUUCGCCUUGAUCGCGUUCCGGAGAAGGGCGAGUUGAAUCGUCUGCCGGACGGUUUGAAGGGUGUUGGCAUCGGUCUUGGUCCGAAUGGUGAGCCACUGAAAGAUGUGGCACGCAAUCUUCCAUCGUUGCAGCAGAAUAACCAGAUUCAGAACAAUCCCAUCCAGAAUGCUGCUCCUACUCCUGUUCAGGCUCCACUCACUAGCAAUCUGCUUGGGGCCGCCGGAAAUAAUCUUUCUGGGCUUAAUUCGAAUCUAGCUGCUCAGUUGAGCAGUGUGGUUGGUUUGUCCAAUUUGACUGGUAACUUGCAAAAUUCGAUCCUGAGUAAUGCGGCUGCAGCUAGUCUGUCCAAUCUGACGGGCUUGGGUAAUCUUGGAGGUGGUGCUGGAGGUGGCGGUCUUGGAGGUCUCGGCGGAGGCAACUCUGCAUUAGCCGGUCUUGGUUCGCUUGGCGGCGGCGGCGGUGGUAACGAUGGUGGUCUCGGCGGAGGUAACUACAACCAAAAUUACAACUCAUCCGGUGGAGGUUUUGGUAACAGCGGUGGUGGUGGCGGUGGCGGCGUCGGCAACCGCGGAAACGACUAUGACCUAGGAUCCUCCAACGUUCGCAACUACAGCACUGCGCCAAACGAUGAUUAUGGCCGUAGCUACGGUAACAUGAACAACGGUAACCGGAAACUUUCCGAUACGAUUAUUAUUCGUAAUAUGCCGUCCUCCUGGACAUGGCAGACGCUCCGCGACAAGUUCCGCGACGUUGGAGAAGUCAAAUUUGCUGAAAUACGAGGACAGGACACAGGCGUUGUUCGCUUCGCAAAGGAGCGAGAUGCCGAGGUCGCCAUAAAAUUAAUGGAUGGUUCUCGAUUCGAGGGUCGAACCGUCGAUGUCACAUUCUUUUAAGUAUUUCUCUCCUUUUAUCUGCAUACUCUUCCAUAAUAUGGAAAUGUAAUCAUUCAGCUAUAGUAGAUAUUUCGCGUAUGGAGGGGGUUGUGUAAGUCUGAUGCAUACGCUACCUUUUCAAAAUCCAGUUCAUUCGAAGAGCAUCGUAUUUCGUAGAUUGGUUAGGGCUCGUCGAAGAAAAUAUUGCGAUUAUACUUUCCAUUCGCUUAGGUCUCGGUUUGUGUUUUAGUUGAAUCGAAUUCAAUCAUGGUUUAUUUUUUGACUGCUAGUUUACGUAGUAGGGACUUCGCUUCAUCCGCAUUUUUAAGGAAUACUCUAGUUUAUUUUGUGGUACGAGACGGAAUGAUCGACUUUCGAUAUUGGAUUUAGGAGUAAAUAGUGACUACAAUAUUUGAAUGGCAUUAUGGAAUACGCAAAUACAUGACUGUAUUACUGACGUAAUAUUUAGUAUGUCCACAUCAUUUACUAUAUUCCUGCGAUGCUGAUGGUACUAUUUUAAGCAAAAUAUCUAUCAAGAAUUGUGUUUAAAUAUGUGUACAAUACACAUUUGCAGCAUGCAAGACUAAUAAUAAACAUUGCAAGACUAAAAUCGAAA